GAUCAUUACUGCAUCUAAAGAACAUCGAGCGCAAUGUGUCCAGACUGACUGCACUCACUGCACUUGGUUGAAGAAUGCUCAAGCCGAUCAGUUGAACAGGUUGGCCUUCAAAGCCACCACCCUUCCAGCUGGUUCCUCAUGGCUAGCUUUUCCUCGCAGAAUGGCCGAGCUUCGGCCCAUGUGAAGAUGCUGGCUGCAUCAUUAACACUUACAGAGGCAGAAGUCUUUGUGAAGCGCUGCAUGACAUGUUUGUCCGACGAGCUUCAGACCAACUCCAGCGGCAGGCCGGCUGGUGCUAGCCAACUUGCUGCCGUGAUCAAAGGCGAAGCCCCCGCGUCGUCGACGAUGGCCUUCAUGAUCGAGUAUUGGCAAUCGGAUGAGAAGGUUGGUGGUGAUGUUCAAAACAUCACAGCAGAAGAGGCGUUGAACAUUCCGACGCGAGUGGAGAUCUCCAACCUCUCCGUGCUCUUGGACCUGGCCACCGGCCGCCUGUCGCCAGUGGUGGCCAUGGUCCGGCGGCAAGUCAAGGCCACUGGAGAUGUGCAAGCGGCGCGGUUGUUGGCGCCGGCCCUUCGCAGUGCAGUGCUGAAGGUCGCUGGCGAAUUUGAGGAGAAUCGCCCUGCCACAUCCAGGUCCAUGAUCUCUUCCUAUGGUUCUUGGAUGCCCAACGACGCCUCCCCAGGCUGUGUGCUGUGUGGUCGCCCAUGGAUGCCAUUGGUGCGCCUGCGACAUCACUGUCGCACUUGCGGCUCUUUGGUUUGCAAUCGAUGCUCGAUUUGCAGCCACGGAAGACACAGCCGGAAAUGCUUGCGCUGUCAAGGAGGUUCAGUUCUCCAGCCAAGCAUUGUGAUGACUGAGAGUUUUGCCACCUCGGCGGCCUCCUUUUCCUCGACGGCCGGUCCUCCCGAGUGGUCUCGUGUUGGUCCGCAGCGUCCCUCUGUUCAAAGCUUCCCUACUCCACCUGGCACAGAUGUGGAAGGCUUGCUACAUGCUCAAAUACAAGCGGCAUUGGCACCUAAAAUCCAGAAGCGAAUUCCUGCAUCUCCAGCAAGCGAACGAGAGCAAAGGCUUUGGGAUCGUGUGGUCGCUGCGGAGAAGCGUUCGCAGGAGGCGGAAUCGCAGCGUGGCCUUCAUGCCAUCUCGAUGUUCUUGCUGCGAAAGCUAUUGAGCACUGCCAUUAAGCAUAUGCUUUUGUGCUCGACGAUUUUCCUUGGAGCACUUUCAGAUGAAAGGCUUCACACCUCUUUACUCUCCUUUGCCGGAGAAAGAUUUUCGUCUUUCAUGGACCAGCUCUUCCUUGUCUUUGUGACUGCUUUGGCAGUCUUGUUGAUGUCACUCUUCCGUCCAGUUCGAUUGCUGCUGACCAGUGGGAGCAUCUUAGCGAUGCUUUGGCUUUGGGCGCACCGGAUCACCCCCGACAGCUUCGACAGCUUGGUCAGUUUCCGCGAUUGGCCAUCCUCGGCUCUUGCAUCGACCAUGCAACGCCACCCCAGCUUGGCGGCUGCUUGUGCUUUCACGGCUCUGUUGAUUGUCUACGUGCGCGGGCUACAGAGCUAUCGAUACACUUGGCGGUUGACAGAGAUCUAUAUCACUGCGGCUUUCCCCAUUGCCCUCUAUUUUUGCUGCAAGUGCGUGAAGAAGGCCUUGAAGCUCUCCGACCAACGGGCCACCGAAUGGAUGUACGAUCCCGUCGACCGGAUCGUCGCCCCGUUCUUGACGAAGCGAUUUGCAGCCCUUGGUGGAUUGUUCGUGAAGGCCGGACAGUGGCUGGCCAAUAUGGCUGCUACCCCAUUGGUGUGGACAGACCACCUGAAGAAGCUGCAGGAUUGUGCGCCCAAGGACACCGACCGAUAUGUCCAGAGUAUGCUGCAGGCAGAGUUGGGGAAGAACUUCAAGGAGCUCUUCGCGGAGUUUGACUUUGACCCAGUGGCCUCUGCCAGCAUUGCACAGGUGCACAAGGCUGUGAUGAGUCAGAGUGGACAGCAGGUGGCCGUGAAGCUGCAGCACGAGGGUGUUGAACCGAUGAUGCUACUGGACCUGGACGCCUUGAGGCGCGUCUUGGCUUUCAGUUGCUGGCUUGGCGGCCGAGAUUGGGAUGAAGUGAAGAGCAUCACCGAAGGUUGGAUGAAGGAGAUGGUCCAUGAGCUGGACUUCCAUCGUGAGGUGGAGAACCUCCGAGAGGUCCGCCAGGGACUGACGCGUGCUGGCGUCAAUGUGGUGGUGCCGAAGGAGGUUGAAGGUUUCGUCUCCCGCAGAGCCUUCAUUAUGGAAUUCUGUGAGGGCUUUCGCUUCACUGACUUGGAUCAACUGGCUCUGUGGGGCGUCGACCGGAAGGCCUUAGGCGAGCGUGCGGUCCAUGCGGUGGCCUCUCAGCUCCUGGAGAUCGGCGUCUUCAACUCCGAUCCGCAUGGAGGCAACCUUCUUUGCCAGAUACAGGAGAACAACUCAGCGGUCCCGGUCUUGCUGGACUUUGGAAAUUGCAUCCGAUUACCUGAGGAGCAGCGUCUACUUUAUUGCCGUUUGCUGGUGGCGCUCUCCGAUGCCAGCAUGUCCAGCGUGGUGGAGGCAACGAAGAAGCUUGGAAUCAUCACAUCCCAGACAGAGGCUCACCCUGCCAGAGAUAUGGAGUACAUGAUGAUGGUCUUCCGCGACACGGGCAGCCGGAAGAGUCAGAUCGCCAGCCUGAAGAGCUUCCGAGAGCUGCGGAAGUCGCAGCGCUCCUCCGACAUGGAGGCCUUGGAUGAAGAGACCAAGAAAGACAAGAAGAAAGCAAAAGCACAGACCCAAAGGUAUCCAAAGAAGAUGCCGGAAGAAGCGGUGCUUUUUCUACGCAUGAUGUUGCUGGUGCGUGGGCUAUGCUCCCAACUGGAUGCUGAACUGCCUUUCCUUCAACUUUUUGAACAACACGCCCGAAGGGCCUUGGUUUGCAAAUUCCCUACUGUCAAGCGUGCGAUCCGUGCACUGCCACUUGAGGAUGAUGACAGGUCCAAAGCCGUCAGCCACAAGGCCACCGGUCAUGUGGUCCCUUUGGUUCGCGAGCUGAUCGCGCAGCUGGUCCUGGAACGGCCUGGCCUUGGCAUACAGGCAUGCGUAUACCUCGGCGAGAUUUGCGUGCUUGAUGAGUGCGGCGGAGUGCUGGGCUCCACCGAUCCCCGGCCGCUGGGUCGCUCCACUCGCAUGCCUUUGGCCGAUCUGUCUCGUUUGCCAUGGUUGCUGGCACUCUCAUGUGCAGAGCGAAAGGGCAAGAUCAAGUACUCGGAUCGGGUGAUGUCCGCCCUUGCCACCGAGGCGACAUGCAGCGGUAGCUUGGCGGAUGCGUUAUCCCAUCAGGUCAUCAAGCAAGAUGGCGACGACCGCGAGUCCUUCAUCUCCAGCCCGGUGGGUGAUCUGGCCGACAAGAGCUGCAUGAUGAAGAAGCUGGCAGGCAGCUUGGUGAAUCAUCCACAUCAUCGGGCGCAAUACCUGCCAUGGGGGGCUGGGUAUGUGGCUGCUGCUGCUUUGCAGCAGCUGAGCAAUCAGAGUCAGGCAGAUGCACUGGAGGAGCACUUGUCUGGACUCCGAGCUGCGCAGGAGCUGUGCCUGGAAAGCUCCACUGGUGAGGACUGGGCCACACUGUCCAGUGGACUGUUCGCCGAUUUGCGGUCGCUGGCAUCAGGAUCUGCAGCGGCUGGUGCCGGCAACAUCUUCAUGGGCCCUGUACUCGGCACCUCCAAGAAACCAGAGGACGGAGUGAGCCCCGGAGCGAGCCCCGGACCCGCUCCCAACGGUGAGAGCACGCCCAAAAGAGGUAUGUCGCUUGCCCGGAGUGUUUUUGAGGAUGCUGGAGGUCUUCUGGCGGAUGUGGGUCUGGCCAACGCCGCCGCGAAGUGGUCCGCGGAGGUGUGCCCAGAUCUCGCAUGUGCCGCAUCAGCAAGAAGCCUGGCAGCGGUGUUUGCAUCUUCAUCUCCAGUGAAGGACAGCAGGCAAAUCCAUGCACGAGAACAACCGGGAGACAAUGCUAGUAACCCGAUGAGCUUCCUCUUCUCACAGCUUGCUCCUCCGGCUCGAGCAUGGGAUGAGCGAGGGUUCCAGGUGAUUGAGCUCGAAGGCACAAGUCACUCAGCUGUGGGUGCAGGGAGCUGCGGUGGGCUUUUGGGCUAUGCGAUCCAAUGGCCAGCAGAAGCCUCCAAGCCCAUCACGGUCGUGGUCCUCUGCAACCAGUUCAGCAUGAUGACGGUUCCUUCGCAAGUGGUGGCACGAAUCGUAGAUGCUAUGCAGCUGCCACGGCCCAUUGGGCUGCCGUGA